UUGUUUGAGAUGGGGCCUCACUUUGUUCUCCCAGGAUGGAGCGCUGUGGCACGGUCAUAGCACACUGCAGCCCCCAACUCCUGGGCUCAAGCAAUCCUCCUGUCUCCAAAGUGCUGGGAUUACAGGUGUGAACUACCACACCCAACCCAGAAGCAGUUCUUAAAACAACAAGAUUCACGAGAGAGCAGGACGUCCGGCUUCCAGCUCGGAACUUUAGUACUGUCAGCAACCAAAGAGAGAAUUAAAUAUGGGUGAUAUUGAGAAAGGCAAGAAGAUUUUUGUUCAGAACUGUGCCCAGUGCCAUACUGUGGAAAAGGGAGGCAAGCACAAGACUGGGCCAAAUCUCCACGGUCUCUUUGGGAGGAAGACAGGUCAGGCUGCUGGCUUCUCUUACACAGAUGCCCAUAAGAACAAAGGCAUAACCUGGGGAGAGGAUACACUGAUGGAGUAUUUGGAGAAUCCCAAGAAGUACAUCCCUGGAACAAAAAUGAUCUUCGCUGGCAUUAAGAAGAAGGGAGAAAGGGCAGACUUGAUAGCUAAUCUCAAAAAAGCUACAAAUGAGUAAUAGAUGGCCAUUGCCUUAUUUAUUACAAAAGAGAAAUAUCUCACGGCUUUUUUUCUGUGUACCGUAAUUUGAUUGGUCUCAUUUACCAGAAUUCAGAUCAUGAAUGAGCGACAGAAUAUUUUUGUUGGACAGUCCCGGUUUAACUAAGACUGGCUUGUGGUUAAAUGAAUAUGGUCGGUUUUUUGGAUUUGGA